AUGGCUAAAGACUCAGCUGUUCGAAUUGAGAUCGAAUCACCGCACUGCUCUGGAGCAGGGACCGUUCCCAGGAUGAUGCGUCCAACUCUCUCUCAAAACUAUCCCCGCAGUGGCUUCCCGAUGGAGGUGUCAACUCCGAUGGGUCAGGGUCGAGUCAACCAGCUUGGAGGAGUUUUCAUCAACGGCCGGCCUCUACCGAAUCACAUUCGACAUAAGAUAGUGGAGAUGGCCCAUCACGGGAUCCGGCCCUGCGUGAUAUCCCGCCAGCUCAGAGUCUCUCACGGCUGCGUCUCCAAAAUCCUGUGCCGCUAUCAGGAGACUGGAUCCAUCCGGCCUGGAGCCAUCGGCGGGAGUAAAUCCAAGACUACAUCUCCAGAUGUGGAGAAGCGCGUUGAGGAAUAUAAACGGGAAAAUCCCGGAAUAUUCAGUUGGGAAAUUCAGGAUAAAUUGCUCAAAGAGGGAAUUUGUGACCGGAACAACGUACCCUCAGUGAGUGCGAUAAGCCGCAUCAUGAGAGGCAGAUAUGGCGCAAGAGGUGACGAGGAGGAGGAGGACGAGGAUGAAGAGGACAUCGAAAAGCGCGAGCAGGAAGAACACGCCCGCAGGAGCGGACACAGCAUCGAGGGGAUUCUCCCUGACAGAUCGAGUCCAUCUGAUGAAGGUUCAGAUGUGGAAUCGGAGCCUGAUCUGCCGCUGAAAAGGAAACAGCGUCGCAGUCGAACGACAUUCACGGCCGAACAGCUGGAGGAGCUGGAGAGAGCUUUCGAACGCACACAUUACCCUGAUAUCUACACCAGAGAAGAGCUCGCUCAGAGAGCCAAACUCACAGAGGCACGAGUGCAGGUGUGGUUCAGUAACAGACGAGCUCGUUGGAGGAAGCAAGCGGGAGCCAAUCAGCUCAUGCCGUUCAAUCACCUGAUCCCUGGUGGUUUUUCACAUGUGGCUGUGUCCAGUCUCUCCCCGUAUCAGCUGUCAGAGAGCCCGUACCCACCCGCUGGCCUUUCUCAAGAUUCGAGUACUGUACACAGACCUCAGCCGCUCCCGCUGCCUGCAGGCCAUCAGAGUGCUGGAGGGGCGGGGCAGGAGGGCGGGGCUUCCUACUGUCUCUCCAGUCGCCAUGGUUACGCUGGAUAUUCAGAUACAUUUGGACCUCAUAACAGUCACGCCAACUCUGCCAUCAAUAAUGGACUGUCUUCUCAGGUUAUGGGACUCAUAAGUCCAGCUGGAGUUUCUCAUCAGACUCAGGCUGAGUUUUCUCUGUCGUCUGUCAGCGGUGCUCUGGAUUCGGGUGGAUCGGUCAGCAGCAGCUGCUCUCAGCGCAUGGAGCCCCUGUCCAGUCUACCUGCCCUCUCCAACCUGCCCAGCCCACAGUCCUACAUCCCACCCUCCUUCUACAGCAUGGAGCACAGCGCCCCCUACCAGUACAGCCAGUACGGGCAAAAUUCCUUUCAUUAUCUGAAGCCUGAAAUCGCCUGAACGGGUCGUGCAGCUCAACUGUCCCAAGGAGUGUUGACAUAAAGUCCCAAAGUCCCGGAAGGAUGGUUUUCUACAGAAGAGAAAUGCAGACGGAGAUACAAAACUCUUGGCAAUAAAAAUAAAACUUCUUUACCACUGGAUGGCACAGCCGGCAGAUCAAAAGAUCUCAAACAUCGCCUUGAACUCUUCUUCAAAAGCCCUUCCAGCAGAAUUAUCCACAAUCCCAGAAACACAACAAGACAAGCUGAAUCAAAACAAAAAGGAGAUGUUUUUCACUGAGAAACAUGUUGAAGUGCAAUAUGAGAAAUGGCCAUAUUCAUACGAGACAUUCGCAGCCACUGAGAGCCGUUCUUAUGGGGCCAGACGAAAGCGCUGGACUGUAAAUAAAAGACAAAUGUUUUAUAGCUGACAAUGAACUUUUCUCAUGCAUUCCUUGACAUUUGAAUGAUGUUUUUGUUUUUUUAAAUGAGGGACGACUGGAAUAUUAUACAGUAUUUGGGAACUUGGGAGUUCAAAAUCAUACUUGUUUGAGUUUACAUCUCAUGAAAUAAUUCCUAUAGCGGUGCUGUGUUAAAAGGUGCACUGUGAAAAUGACUUUUUAUUUUUAGCAUUUGAUAUUAUCUGAUAUGUUUAAGACUGCAAUAUAAAUUUGGUCAUCCCCAAUAACACUUAAAACCUUCCUAAUGUUGUUUUUCUUUCUUGCCAAGAGAUGGUAAAAAACUAAACGUGCUAAAAAGUCCUGAUAAUACAGCCACAACAGCUCUGGAUGUUUUGUAUUAAUUUAUUUUGUAUGUGUGUGUGUGAAUGUAUAUCUGUAUCCUCCAGAUAU